UAAAUAUUUCUUCUUUCCUUUUUUUUUCUCACCAAAUCAAAAGCAGAAUCUGGGAACCUCUCUAAAACCCUAUUAAUUCUCCUCUCUCUCUCUCCUUCUCGCCCCUCCUCUCUUCCCAAAUCUCGAAACCUAAAUCACACUUCUCUCUCUCAAAAAGUUUCUUCCUUUUUCUCUCCGGCCAAAUUCUCCGGACUCUCCUCGGUCCAUCUUUCUCUGCCGCCAGAUAUGGCUACCGAGGAAGGUGUUGUUUCGGCUCAAGAAGUCUCUGAGGCUUUUGUUGAACAGUAUUAUCAUAUUGUCGAAACAGUUCCUCAAGAAGCUCGGAAGCUUUAUCAAGAUGCUAGUGUUGUCAGCAGACCAGGACCUGAUGGUACUAUGUUGUCUUUUACUUCCGUUGAGGCUAUCAACAAGCACUUCCUGUCUCGUGACAGCACGACAUCCGAGGUGCUGAGUGUGGAUUCUCAGAACUCAUUGGAAGGUGGAGUAUUCAUCAUGGUCAUUGGUUUCUUGACUGGAAAAGACAACCUCAAGAGGAAGUUUUCCCAAAUGUUCUAUCUAGCUCGUCAAGAGCGUACAUUCGUUGUCCUCAACGACAUCUUUCGCUUUGUUGAUGAACAUGCUUCCACUCCAACAGCCCUGCCAGUUGCUGACUCUGUGCCGGAAACUGAAACGGCUAAGACUGAGCCGAUCCACAAAACUGGUGCAUCUGCUGUGAACUCUGUUAUUGCUUCUGAAGUUAAGAAUGCUGCUGAGGUUAAGAACGUUGUUGCUGGAGCUGCUACUCCACCAAUGGACAAUGGAAAGAUCAAUCACAGUGGUGAGAAAGCUGUCACUGGUCAAAAACCGAAAGAGCCAGUUGCUGGAACAGCUGCUCCUCAGGUUGAUGGAGCAAAGAUGUCUUGGGCUGCGAUGGUUCAAUCAACGGCAAGAAACGCCGCUCCGUUUCAAGUUAAAGCCCCAGUUCAGAAACCUAAAUACAUGGGAGGACAACCUCGUGCAGCUGUAGCACCUCGAGCACCUGCAGCACCUCGUGCACCUGCGGCUGCUAGUAAAUAUGAAAAGAGAAAUGAUCACAAGUUCAUCGAGGAACCAGGCACUUCGAUAUUCGUGGCAAAUCUUCCAAUGGAUGCAAUGCCGCCUCAACUCCAUGAACUGUUCAAGGACUUUGGUCCUAUCAGAGAAAAUGGGAUUCAAGUCAGAAGCUCCAGGGUUCAAGGAAUUUGCUUCGGGUUUGUUGCCUUUGAAUCUGCUACCUCUGUACAGAGCGUGCUUCAGGCUGCCAAGAACAAUCCCUUCAGGCUUGCAGAUCGUAAGCUUCGUGUAAAGGAAAAGCAAGUUGAUUAUGAUGGAAACAAAUCUUCUGGUGUGAGAAGUGUAGGUGGAAGCAAGACUCAGCAGAAUGGCUCUGCAGAUGAUGGAGGAGAUGAUUUCAAGCCUAUCAAAAGCCGUAGGAAAGGUGGCAGAAACGAGAGAAGAGGAGACAAUAACCAGAAAAACAGUGAAGGAGGAGCUCCUGAGGUUAAAGCUUGAAUGCUCUCAUCUGAAAACACAAGCCACUACACAAGAACAGUUAUAAUUUGCAGCCUUCAUAGAAAAUUUAGCAUCUUAAGAGAUAAGGAAGACGCUUGCAAGUUGAGAUUAUUUUUCUACAUUACAGAUUCAUAUCACUUUUACCUUUUUAGGUCUUUUUUUCUUUACUCCUUAAUGGGAGUCGACAUCAUUCUUCUGUUUAUUUUUUCUUUUUCUUUUUCCUUUCACCAGACGAGUUUUCUACUGUUUUCUGCUUUUCUACAUUCCAAAUUUUUUAUUCGAAAAUUCACCUUUCAGAUUAUAGCUAUCGACGUGUAAUAAUACGCUUUUUAAGAAUAAAAAAUAAAUUUGAUUUUCAGUUAUA